AUGAGUGAAGAAGGAGAAGAUUCCGCUCCUUUGUCCGUCUGGAUUGGACUAUCCGUGAUUUCCCUCGUCUCCUUUUGGUGUCAGGCAACAGUCACUGAAGAACGACUCGUCCCUGCACUCAAUGUAAUUGCUGAUUAUUACAAUAUUCCAGAUGAUAUUGCAGGAGCAACACUCAUGGCUGCUGGAGCUUCAUCUCCAGAGCUAUUUUCUUCGCUUGUAGCCCUUUUCAUCACACAUUCUUCUUUGGGUUUGGGUACGAUUGUCGGUUCGGAAAUUUUCAAUCAAUUAGUCAUUUGUGCGGGUGCAGUGUGGGCCUCCAAAACUGGUGAAUUAGUUUUGGAUCGAGCCAUUGUCAUGCGUGAGGUUGGAUUCUAUGCCUUGGGCAUUGUGCUCUUGUACGUUGCUUUGAGAGAUACUGAUUUCGUUGACGGUGACGACGUGGAGCACAUUUUUAUUUCCUUCCCCGAGGCUUGCAUGGUGUUUGGUGGAUACAUUCUGUAUGUGAUUGUAUGUGCCAAUAUGGAAGCCAUCGUCAAGUUGUUUGGAGGGGCACCGGCGGAAGGGGCAGAAUCGUCAUCAAAGGGUGAGACAAAUGCGUUAGUUUCCGGCGGCGGCCCCGAUGAAUACGGAUCCGUGGAACGCACUGUUUCGCAGGAUAUCGAUGUCCCAGCUGAUAUGCGAUUUGUUACGGAGAAGCAGAACUUGUCAGCAGAACCGGCCAAAAACUGGGCGGCAAUCUCACUGUAUUUGCCGGCAGAAAAAGAGGUCCCCAUCAAGACUCAAGAAGAAGCUUCAGCGGGAAGAGAUGCCGCUGCCAGACUUUCGCGCCGUACAUCCUCCAUACCAUAUCAGCGCAGUAGUAUCCUGGUCGAUAUGUUUCAACACACAGAACCCCCCUCCAAAACCCAUGAUCUCUACGAAGUUCGAUACAACGAGUUGAGCAAAGAGUUGGAAUGCUUCCUUUGGCAAAGAUCCUACUUUUAUACAAAGGCUUACUUUGGCAAUCAUGCUUGGCACUUGAGAUGGUUCACUUUUUCGACUGAUAUGAUUUCAUCGGUACCCGAUCGCCAAAGUGCGGAACGCCAUAUGAUGGUGUACUCUCGAUUCAACAAGAUUAUUGUUGAUGAGAACCGUCUUAUUAUCAAAAUUACGAACUCGAACCCUAAUCGUCGCAACUACACCUUCAUGGCUCCAUCAAAAUCAAUUUUCGAUAAGAUCGUUCAUCAGCUCGAAAUCUAUCUGCAUGAACACAUCAAUGAUGAAGAUGACGAGGAACACGACAAUUUUGGCGAUGCUGAUAAUCAUGUCGAUCUCAUUGAGUUUCCUAUGGAUGGUUCAAAGCUUGAAAUGUUCUUCUGGAUCGUUCUUUCACCUUUGCGAUUCGCCAUGCACUUUACCGUGCCAGAUGUUCGACAACUUAAUGAGGCUGGAGAUCCCAUGACUUCUAUACGUGUUGCAUUCCUUGCUACGUUCAUGUGCCUAGUAUGGUUGGUCAUGGGAAGUUAUGCCAUGGUGGCUUCCCUUGAGAAGUUGGCAGAACUCCUUGAUAUUCCAGAUGCUGUCGUUGGAGUCACUGUUUCGGCUGCCGGAACUUCCCUCCCAAACUAUGUUGCCUCCAAGGUUGCAGCACAAAAUGGAUUCGGAAAUCAAGCCGUAUCCAACGCUUUUGGAUCCAAUACUUUCAACAUUAUGGUGGGACUUGGUUUGCCGUGGGUGUUAUAUACGAGCUUUGGAACUGGAUUUCAACCCUACCAUGGACUUCGCAAUGAAGGAAUUCUCCAGUCUAUCAUCAUUUUGGCGGCGGUUCUUCUCAUAUUUGUACUGCUCAUGCUGCAAACUGGAUUUGUCAUUCGCAAAUGGCAUGGAACACUCUUCAUUAUCAUGUAUAUCGCAUACCUCGCCCUUGCAAUCGGCCAGGUGUACUUGUCGUAG